CACUGUAGCUGCAACUUCCAGUUCUACAACAUGAAGCUGAUCCUGGGUCUGCUUGUCCUUUUCCCUUGGACAUUACGGGCACAGGAUAACCAAAUGGUUACAAGCAACGACAGUGACAUAACAACUGGUGUAAAUAGUGAACAACAGACUGAUGCCAGUAACUCUACUUCAGAUCAGGGAAGCUACAAUAACACUUACAACACACUAACUACUGGAUCAGACAGCUACACAACAGAAACGGCAGCAGCUGAUGCGCCUACAGACAGUAGUGAUCCCCUCCCAACUAACUCAAGUAGCUAUAACACUGAUGGAAAUAUGUUGGAAAAUAAAGAUGCUCUACUAGUUACUUCAGUCAACAACAAUGUAUUAGAAAGUACUGUAAUGAGUAGCAGUCCAACCUCAACAGAUUCAGGUACAUAUAGUACAGCAGAGUCGACAGUCUACAGUCUAAGUAAGUCUGAAGGUGAUUCAGCCAGUGAGGAUCAGUCUAAUGAAAAUUCAAACAGUAUGGAAUCAGAACAAGGAGAUACAUCUUGUGCUGUCUAUGAAAUACUCAGAGAGGCUGGAAUGGUUGGAUAUCGAGGACUCAGUGCUGCUGAUUGGAUCUGCGUUCUAAAAAUGACAAACCUAUUCCAUCCCAGUGAGAAGAACGCAGUGCGGUGCCGUAACUUAAAGUCUCAUAAAGCCAAAUAUUCAUGUGAAUGUUUUGGUGAUAAUGUCCAUAAAUACAUUCAGUGUCAAAUGAAAACAAUGAGAGAUCCUACAGACUUGUGGAAUCAAUUCUGCAACGGAAAGGAUCUCAGUCAGUACACUCGCGCCUGUGAAAGUCAACUGCCACAAGAACCUAGAAAAUAUUAACUGGACUCUGAUGCAAGAAAGUAUAUAUUAACAUUGGAGACAAAUUGGUCUGAUUGGUUGCUAUGGACAACAUCACUGCUGAUGUUUGUCUCCAGUGUUAAUAAAUACACCCCUAGGAGUGCAACUCACCACGAUCCUAGCAAUACUUUAAAGGGAAAGAUACACAAUAACGCAAAAUCCUGCUUGUUAAAUCAAAUAAACCUUCAUGUGAUUUGCUAUACUAA